UUCCUCUGCUUUCGACUAAAACCUUGCAUUGAUUAAUAUAAAUCUUUAUUAAAGUAAGAACAGCAAGCUUGGGAAAAAAUGAUUUGUAAAGAUUUAAAUAUAUGUACAUUCCGAAUGUAUUCGAGUAAUAAGAAUGAAUCCAGCGUGCAGAUUGAACCUGGAGAGUAUAGAAUGCCAGGAGUGGAUGAACGAGGUGUGUGCCCACUGCGCCCACCUGCUGCCCGGUGUGGAGGAGGCGGAUCUCUGGGACAAGUGGUGGUCGGACGAGCUGCCCACUCCUUUCAAGUCCCGAGUCGAUCUAAUGUCCGCCUACGACUGCCACAAGCUGCGCAAAGAGGUUGCCCGCCAGGUGACGGCUAGAGCAGAUCGGGAAUGGUAUGAGGACGAAGGCAAUCCGGUCACGUGGACCCUCUACCAGCUGAUCAUACUAAUCAUGGUGAUGGUUUCCGCAGUGAUUGCCAUGCUGUGUGCCCUGAAAAUGCUCUGCGAUGGACUACGUCGCUGGUCGGGCAGCAGGAAGUGUGUUCCCACAAAAAAGAAGAAAGCCGAAGAGAAACCUCCGCCACCGCCUCCUCCUGCAGAUGUGGAGACCCCGCCACCCCGCCAAAAGGACGCCUGCAAGCCAGCCAAGCAGCCCAAGGCCUUCAUCUCCUUCGGCCGGACCACCGACCCACGCACGCGUUUCGGUCCCUACAAGCACCAGAAGCUGCUCCAAACCGCCUCCAUCCCGGAAUGCCAGCCGCCGGAGUCCUAGCGGAGUCCGGAGUCCGGGGUCCGCCAAGUCGCAGCCAUCGGCAUCGAUAUCGACAUCGCCAUCGACAUCACCCAAAGCGAUGGAGCGGCACGUCGAGCGGCAAUCGGCGAAAAACAAAUCGGCCACAAAAUAAGCGGCGAUUGAGCGCUGGCCAAAAAAUCGAAAACAAAUUCGAAGGCUGCCGGAGCUGUGCUCAAUCGCGGAUAAGAUUUAUGAAAUGUGUUCCGCCCCGAUUUGUUCUCUUUUUCCCGGUUCGCCUCUAGUCCUUUUCGGUUUCCUUUUUUAUGUUGCCGCGCUGCACGAAACACAAAAACAAAUAAAUAUUCAGACGUUGCCACAGUGGUUCUGAAAACGGCUAAAAUGUUUAUAAAUAUUUCGACUUGGGCGAUAUUAAAUUAUUCUUUUAGUAAUAAAAAAGAGCAAUUAAUAUAGCACUAA